AUGGCCUCCAGAGUAGUUUUAUUGUUGGCUAUGUGUGUUCUUCCGGCGAUGGUUGUGGCCAUUCGCCCAGCCAAGAGCCCUUUUUGCGUGAAGGGUCGCGUCUACUGUGACCCUUGCCGUGCUGGUUUUGAGACCUCUGCCACCACCUACAUUGCUGGUGCGGAGGUUUUGUUGCAAUGCAAGAGCAGGGUAAGCAACGAGGUUGUGUACACAAAGAAGGGGAAGACUGAUUCAACUGGAGCAUACACAAUGUACGUGGAUGAGGAUCAUGCAGAUGAGAUCUGCAGUGCUAAGCUUGUAAGCAGUCCUCACCCUAAAUGCCGGGUAGUAACCCCUGGCCGUGAUGAAGCCCUUGUUAUUCUCACCCGCUACAAUGGCAUUGCCUCCGACGAUAGGUUCGCCAAUGCCAUGGGAUUCAUGUCUCAGGAGGUUGCUGCAGGUUGUGCUGAGGUCCUCAAGCAAUACCAGGAGUUCGACAAUGAGAACUAA